AUGGCAUCAUCGUCAUCUCCGUAUCAGCACACGACCGGCAUCAUCAACAACAAUAACAACAAUGAUGGAUGGUUUCAGCAAUGCUUGGGUACCUCAUCAUCUCCCAUUCCUGCCCCCAGUCAAGAUAAUAAUGAUACUUUGAGCGACAUUAUGAAACCAACGGAAGACUUUCUUGCUUCGGAAAUGAGCAAACUAUCAGUUCAGGAACGGUCCAAGGCUAUGGACGAGUUGCACUGUGUUGGAGAAGAGCUCAAGGAGACUCCUGAAAUGAUUCAGCAGUCCCUCAAGGAAUUUGACAAACUAUUGCAAAAGAAAAAAGCUAAGAUUUAUGACUUGGCAGCAAGCCAGAAUCGAUCCUAUGUGGAAGAUCCCAAUUUCCGCCUAAAGUUUCUGAGAGCCAAUAUUCACGAUGUGGGCGAGUCUGUCAAUCAAAUGCUUGGCUUGUUGAGUCGGAAAGAGAUAUACUUUGGAAGAGACGCGAUCGCCCGUGACAUUACCUUAGAUGAUUUGACUGCUGAGGAAACAGAAAUUCUAUUUUCUGGUCUGUAUUAUCAUAUUCAAGACGGCACUGAUCGAAAUGGUAGAAUGGUGGUAUACCUUUUGAACCAUAUAUUGGGACAAUUGAGUUCGGCCGAGACGGCUAUUCGCGUAAAUUAUUUCAUGUUCUUCAAUAUAUUGAGUCCAAUGCCGUCAGUACAAAAAAAAGGUAUUGUCUUGUGCUACUACGACUUUUCAACACCUGAUAAACCGGCAAAACUUCCCAAAUUGGAUGCUCUGUUGAAGUUUAUGGAUUUUGUUCCAAUGAUCCCUGUCCGUCGCUCAGCAUUGCAUCUUUGCCUUAAACCCCAUCGCGGAGGUCUUGUAUCAAGCAACAAAUUUUUGGAAAACGUCCUUAGGCGAUUCGGGCGUUCGACAAGAAGCAGGGCUCGGCUGCAUUAUGGAUCCGACAUGGAGCUACAAUACACUCUCAAGAGCUACGGCUUGAACAUGGAAAAUUGUCCUGUAGACGCAACUGGGAAUCUUCGGCAGGACAUCCUAGAUGUCUGGGCCCACAAAUACCUGCAUCAACGGAAUAGAAACUCUGUCUCCUCGCCACCUGCUAAAGACGGAGAGAUCAUGACGGAUGAGCAAGAAGACUCUACUGACUCUAUGGUGCAGGCUUUGACUCGUCCCAAACUACCAAUAGCUCCACAGAAAAAUGAUCACGGCACCGACCCUCCUGCAAACACAGCCGUCAGCUUGAUCAAACCGACCCCAGAUGAUGUAUUAUUCGGCAAAGGUAGCGUGUUGCAAAUGCAUCCAGGCAAUGUCCGUUUUCGCCAGUUUAUAAAGGAUCACCAAGAGGAGUACAAUAAUACCCCAAGGUACAAGCGGGUAACCACUUUUCAAGAUCUCACCGGUGUCUUGCUGGGGAAAGGCAUCCGAUUCUUAAAGAAGACGGAAAGCGGGGGCUGGGUCGAGAGCGAUUUUGCAGAAGUGGAGAAAAAAGUCAAGCAGCUGUUCCGAAGUCAAAAGAAGUCUAGGAAGUAG